GAAAGAAACCGAUGGGGCUCGAAGCCGUGGCGGUUAAGCAGUUUCAGCUGCCGGUGUCUGAGCAAAGCGUUUGGUGGUCAUCGGCGUAAUGAGCGGACGGCAAAGAACGCUUUUCCAGACGUGGGGUUCAAGGGUCGUCCGAUGUGUGGAUGCUACGAGUCACAUCUCCGGAACCGAUCGGCCUCAGAGCCCUGAUAGUUCCAGGUCGUGUUUACCUACAUCGGCAGACUUUACCGAGGCUCAGCCGGAGCCAGACGAUGAUGUGUUUCUUGUCGCAGCGUAUGAGGCUGAGCGGCAGCUGAGUCUCGAGGAUGGCGGGUUCUGCAAGUCAGCAGGCGCCCUGUGGAUUUACCCAACCAACUGCCCAGUGCGGGACUACCAGCUACACAUUUCCCGGACCGCUCUGUUCUGCAACACGCUGGUUUGUCUACCUACCGGACUGGGCAAAACCUUCAUUGCCGCCGUGGUCAUGUACAAUUUCUACCGCUGGUUCCCUUCUGGCAAGGUAGUCUUCAUGGCGCCCACGAAACCCUUGGUGGCACAACAGAUCGAGGCAUGCUACCGGGUUAUGGGUAUCCCACAAUCCCACAUGGCCGAAAUGACAGGAACAACUCAAGCUUUAACCAGGAAGGAAAUAUGGCAUAAUAAGAGAGUCCUUUUUCUUACACCUCAGGUCAUGGUAAAUGACCUUUCUAGAGGAACUUGUCCUGCUGCUGAGAUAAAGUGUCUAGUUGUUGAUGAAGCUCACAAAGCCCUGGGAAACUAUGCUUAUUGUCAGGUUGUAAGGGAACUGGUCAAAUAUACAAGACACUUUAGAAUCUUGGCUCUCAGUGCCACUCCAGGUAGUGAUGUAAAGGCUGUGCAACAAGUUAUUACUAAUCUCCUAAUUGGAAAGAUAGAGCUGCGUUCUGAAGAUUCUCCAGAUAUUUUACCAUACUCUCAUGAAAGGCGGGUUGAAAAGCUUGUUGUUCCUCUUGGUGAAGAACUUGUAGCAAUCCAAAAAGCAUAUAUCCAGAUUUUAGAAACAUUUGCCAAUUCUUUGAUUCAGAGGAAUAUUUUGAUGAGAAGAGACAUCUCCAACCUUACAAAAUACCAGCUAAUUCUGGCAAGAGACCAAUUUAGGAAAAAUCCAUCUCCAGAUAUAGUGGGAAUACAACAAGGCAUAAUUGAGGGAGAGUUUGCAAUUUGUAUUAGUUUAUAUCAUGGUUAUGAAUUAUUGCAGCAAAUGGGAAUGAGAUCAUUAUAUCUAUUCCUUUGUGGAAUUAUGGAUGGAACUAAAGGAAUGACUCGGGCAAAAAAUCAGGUUAGCCGAAAUGAGGACUUCAUGAAACUGUAUAAUCAUCUGGAGAGCAUGUUUGCACAUACAUGUGAUGCUUCUGCAAGUGGUGCCUCUGCUCUCCCAAAAGGAGAUAAAGUUGAGAAAUUUUUCUAUAGUCAUCCAAAGUUAAAGAAAUUAGAAGAAGUUGUAGUUGAACAUUUCAAGUCAUGGAAUGCUCACAACACCUCAGAAAAGAAAUGUGAUGAGACCAGAGUUAUGAUCUUCUCAUCAUUUCGAGAUAGUGUUCAAGAAAUUGCAGAAAUGCUUUUUCAACAUCAGCCAGUUAUUAGAGUAAUGACUUUUGUUGGCCAUUCUUCAGGGAAAAGCAUGAAGGGUUUUACCCAGAAGGAGCAACUGGAGGUAGUGAAACAGUUUCGAGAUGGUGGAUAUAACACAUUGGUUUCUACCUGUGUUGGUGAAGAAGGCUUGGAUAUAGGGGAAGUUGAUCUUAUAAUAUGUUUUGAUGCUCAGAAGAGCCCAGUUCGUCUUAUACAGCGAAUGGGUAGAACUGGCCGCAAACGUCAAGGCAGGAUUGUAGUGAUCCUUGCUGAAGGACGAGAAGAACGUACAUAUAAUCAAAGUCAGUCCAACAAAAGAAGUAUUUAUAGAGCUAUUUCAGGUAACAGGCAAGUCCUUCAUUUUCACCAAGGAAGUCCACGAAUGGUUCCUGAAGGAAUUACUCCAGAAUUACACAAAAUGUUCAUCACACAUGGUAUCUAUGAACCAGAGAAAUCUUCUCGUAACUUGCAGCGUAAGUCGUGUAUCUUUUCUUAUAUAGAUGGAAUGAAGCAAUGCAACUCAAAGAAAGAUUGGCUCUUAUCAGUAGAAGAAUUUAAAUUAUGGAACAGACUUUAUAGGUUAAGAGACAGUGAUGAAAUUAAGGAGAUAACAUUGCCUCAAACAAAAUUUCUAUCUUUACAAAAUGAAGAACUUAGACCAACUCAAGAACCAACCACUGGAAUUCAUCAGCUGUCUUUUUCUGAAUGGAGAGUAUGGCAGGAUCAUCCUCUUCCUACCCAUCAAGUGGACCAUUCAGAUCGAUGCCACCAUUUUAUAAAUAUUAUGCAAAUGAUAGAAGGAAUGAGACAUGAAGAGGAAGACUGUAGCUAUGAACUGGAAAUGAAAUCUUAUUUGCAAAUGGAAGAUGUUACCUCAACAUUUAGUGUUCCCAGGAAUGAAUAUAAUCCUCUUGUUGGUGGUACCUUCACUAAUAACAAGAAAUCUUCAAUUACAAAAGCUAUAAGUCAGGACCGUUCAUCCUUAAUGACCAAGUAUGAUGAAGAAUGUGAUGAAUAUGAAUAUGAUGAAGAACCUCAGAUAAAAUCCACUAAAUCGCUUUCUCCGAAGAAAAAAACUUCCAAAGAAAUGAUAAAAGAUCAGUCUAAAAAAAAUAAUGAUGUUAUGGAUUCUUUAUAUACCAAAAGAAAUUUUGCUAAAAACAGUUUUCAGGCAGAUAUACCAAGUGAUAAAAUGGCAUCAGAUAUAGAUGCAGUUGCUGCCACAUAUACUACCAAUGAAAAUGUUGUUAAUCAGCCACGUGUGUUAUUAACAGAGUGUCAGUUUGCAAAUAAAUCUAGUUUGUUUGCUGGAAAUUUUUCAGAUUCUGGUUAUAACAGUUUCAGUGAUGAAAAAUCUGUUUCAACUAGCUUGUUUCUUCCAUAUGAAGACGAGCUUUAUUUUGCUAAAACAGAUGAUCAGUUUUAUAACUGUCACUUAUUGACAAAAGAGGUACUAGCUAAUACAGAGCAAUUUUUAUCUCAUUCUCCUCCACCUCUUAGUGGACUCUCACAUUUAGAAUAUGAAAUCACAAAGGGUUCUAUACUUCAAAAUUCGCCUUUCCUACCCGACACAGAGCAUUUACAAAAUGAUAAAUCCACCGGUUUGAUGUCAGCUUCAGUUUUGAAUCCUCAGCAGAAUUUAGAAUCUAAUUCACAAAUGAUUCCAUCUAUUAUUAAUCACCUUCCUGAAAUAAAUUGUCUUCAUAGUGCAUGUAAUGAUAAAAUUUGUAACGAAUCAAGCGGCUGUGACUAUGACAAUGAAGUACAUAAAGAUAUUCAAGAUGAAAAUAAUCACGUUCAGAUACACUUAGGCUCUUCAUGGUUUUUAGCUAAAGAAAAGAAUCAUGAUAUUGAAAACAAUGGCCUUCCAAUACUGUCCACUGAUGAGAAUGAAAGCUUACUAUUGUUUGAGGAUACCAAUACAGAAUUUAAUGAUGUGAGUCUUUCUUCCUUUAACAGUAAAUGCAAACCUUCAUGUGAGUCAGAGAAAACUACUGCAAGUGAAACGGCACCCAUCUCUCGCUUCUUAAUUUCGGAUGAACUUUUGUUAGACGAAUGUGAAUCUCAAGAUCACAUUAUCUGUGAUAAUAAUAAUGGCAAAAUCCAUGAUUUGAAAGAUGUACAUGAGGAAAAACUGAAGAACAAUGAAUAUGCUUUUGACUUCUCUAAGGAUUUAUUCUCUAUUACUUUUGAUUUAGGAUUUUGUAGUCAAGAUUCUGAUGAUGAAGUAUUAGAACAUUCAUCAGAUAAAAAUAAACUUCUAAAUCAAUCUGGAAGUUAUUUAGAGUCCAAGAAUAUAAGUGGUGCAAAUAAUGUUUCAAAACAAGCAUUAAUACCAAGAGAUCAUAUUGAAAGUUUCAGAAAUAAAACCGUUACUAUUCCAUUAAGUGAAGAUAUGCAGAGCCCAGAUUUUGCACUUUUUCCAUUGGGUACAGCAAAAAGUAAAGAAAUUAUAUCUCCUGGUUAUUGUAAUUUUUCUUUGCCAGUAGGAGACAAAGCUAUGAGCACACCACUUCCUAAAUCAAAUACAUUGAACUCAUUUUCUAAGAUUCGAGAGGAUAUGCCUAAGACACCAAAUUCUAAUAAAGGCAAAGUAAAACUACAAAGUUUCAAAAAAAACUUUAAUUCAGUCUUUGAUUCAAGGCUGUCUCCUAUAAAUGUGAGAAGUAGCAAACAUACCCGUCUGCGUCCAUCCUGUCAUUCUGUUGAAGAUGAACAAAUAUUAACAAGCAAUGAAAGUGAUGAUGAUGAAAUUUUCCAAAGAAAAAGUAAGAAAGCAAAAAGAAAUGUUUUUAAAUCCCCUGAGAAUCAGAAAAAGGGUGAAGUUGAUUCUCCACUUCAUGGUGUCAAAAAGCGCAGAGUUCGUCCAAACAGAUUAGAACUGUCGUCUAGUGAUGAGAGUGAGGAUUUUCACAAACAACAUCCACAUUUAGAAGACUACAAAGGUUGUAACAGGAAUCCCAAAAAAUAUGUCAAAGUCCAAAAACAACCAAGCCACCUAAAGAAUAUAGGUAGGCAGUUUUUAGAUGAUGAAGCAGAACUUUCCCAAGAAGAUGCAGAAUGUGCUUCGUCAGAUGAAAAUGAUGACUCAGAAAAUGAACAAGAUACCUCAUUACUCAACUUUUUAAAUGAUGAGACUCAACUUUCACAGGCUAUUAAUGAGACUGAAAUGAGAGCUGUUUAUGUGAAAUCUUUACACAGUCCACUGAUGAGCAAUCAGUACAAAAUGGUUCCUAAGAAACAUAACAGCAUGAACAUUUUCUCACAGAUCCCUGAGCAAGACGAAACCUAUUUGGAGGACAGUUUUUGUGUUGAUGAAGUGGAGUCUUGCAAAAGCCAGUCAAGUGAAGAAGAAGUAUGUGUUGAUUUUAACUUAAUAACUGAAGAUUGCUUUGAAAAUGGAAGUAAAAAAUAUGAAACUCGACGUGCAGUCAUGCUAAAAAAAUUGAAGAGCCAACAAAACUGUGCACUUUCUAAAAAGAAAUUUUCCAGAAUUAUUUUGCCAGAUGAUUCAAGUGAAGAGGAAAAUAAUGCUAAUGAUAACAGUGUUGUGGUUAACCCAAGUACUGUAAACAGGAAUGAACAGCAAGAUUGCUGUUUGAAUCGAGUGCCUUCUGGGUCAUUAUUCCCAUUCCAGGUCCAUGUUAAUCCAACUGAUAAUCAGUCACCCAAGCAGAGACAACAGAUGCCACCUAAUCUAAAGGAUACAAUUUCUGACGACCUAGAUUUCAAACCUCAGAGCUGUAGUAAAAUUGGAUCUGCUUCACCAUCUUUCACUACUGAGUCACAGAAGGGCUGUAAAAAAUUUCCCAUUCAGUUGAAGGUUGGGAGCACUCUGGAGGAGUCUAGUUCCAAUUCAAGACCAUAUUUGGCUGGGACACAUACUUCUGUUAAACUUCCACAAGAAGGAAAAAGAACCUGUAUUCUUGUAGACAGUCAUGAAAUCACUUCUGGCUCAGAAGUAAUUUCUUCCCUAAGAGCAACUCAUGGUUUAGACGUAGAGGUUUGUCCUCUUAAUGGUUGUGAUUACAUAGUGAGUAACCGCAUGGUGGUAGAAAGGAAGUAUCAAUCUGAGAUGUUAAAUAUCAGUAAGAACAAGGUUAUUGACCAGAUCCAGCACCUGCAGAGCAUGUUUGAAAGAAUAUGUAUGAUUGUCGAAAAGGACAGAGAAAAAACAGGAGACACUUCAAGGAUGUUUAGGAGAACAAAGAGCUAUGAUAACCUGCUGACUGCCUUGGUUAGUGCUGGAAUCCGAAUCCUUUUCAGUUCCUGCCAAGAAGAAACCGCAGAUUUACUAAAGGAACUAUCUUUGGUGGAACAAAGAAAGAAUGUUGGUAUUCAUGUUCCAACAGUAGUGAGCGGUAGUAAGUGGGAUGCACUUCAGUUUUAUUUAAGCAUUCCCAAUGUAAGUUAUGUAACUGCAUUAAACAUGUGUCACCAGUUUUCAUCUGUGAAAAGAAUGGCUAAUAGCUCACCUCAAGAAAUCUCCAUGUAUGCACAAGUAACUCAUCAAAAGGCUGAGGAGAUCUGUAGCUAUAUUCACUAUGUAUUUGACAUGCAGAUGUUACCAAUGUCUUAA